AUGGAAGAAACAAAUACAGAUUCAACGGUUUGUGAACCAGUGAUUCUUGGUACUAAACCAGUUAUUCGAGGUAAUAAUCGAGCAGCCAUUCGUGGUAAUAAUCAAACAAUUAUUCCUGGUAGCAAUGAACCUGCUAUUUUUGAAAAAGGUAUAAAAGGAACAGUUGUUACUGUGAACCGGAUGAAAUAUUGUGCAUUUAUAAAACGGAAAGAUAAAAUUGAAUCUCGAGAUAUAUUUGCUCGAGAAGCAUCAAUCCUUAAUGAAAUUCAUCAAAAACAAUUUCUAGUUGCAGACACCUGUAAGUUCGAUAUUAUGAAAACCCAACGUGGUGUAAAACCUGUGAAUAUUAAGAUCGAGGAACGUAACAUUAGCAGUAUUUCAAAAUUACCGAAAAUACCAAAAAAAAAGAAAACAAUGAACAACAGACACAAAUUUCAUCGAAACUCUUUAAAUCAACAAUUACGGAACUAUUUCGCCAAGUCUUGA